GGGCCUCUGGUUGGGCUAAUCUCUGUGGUAAAAAGUGAUGAGUUUAUCGAAAAAAAAAAAUACUGGAACAAAAAUGCCCCAAUACUAGCACCUUAUUCUACAAUACGAAAUAACUGCGCAAUCCCGUUUGUAAAUUUGUUUUGAUUGUAAAAGCGUAAAAGCGAUGAAUGUGUGCGUGACUACGUGACUAAAUCAUUCAAAAAUCAAAAUCUCGCGUCGUAUUUCCCCUACUCCGCGAUCUCCACCAAUCGCGAUGCUCGUAGUAAGGUGGCCGAUGACAUAAAACUGUUCCGUACACACAGAAACCUCAUUUACAGAAAGACUGUUUUGCUUGACCUACUGUGUUGCGUCUUGCGUCACCGCUUGUUUAUAACCAAAUUCGUUGUUGUUUCGUGUUCGUGAUUAAUGAACCAUGGCUUUCAUGAUGCCGGUUGUGAAAAACGAUUGGGAUAUCUACAAAUCCAAUCGAACGAGACGGGUGUCCGAGUGCUCGAAUGCAACGACUUGUAGAUCAAGAAAGGUGUCCGAGUGCCGCUCCGAGGGCCCUAGCUUGUCGACUUCGCCUGGCUCCGAAUUCGUGACGUCGCCGACGCAUAGAUCUGUGCCCGCCAACAUGUCAUCUAGGCAGUUUUCUCGAGCAAACUCGAGGGCUAGUGGUAGUGAAGGUGAAGGGAGUUUGCAGAGUCCAAUCAAAAGUCCUGGAAGUUCAACGCCAAAGAACGGCUCUGAGCCGAGUCUAAACAAAUUCCAUACCCGCCUGCUGGAUAAAUUGAAGAAGUCACUGAAGAGCAAAGAUUCAGACAGCGAGCGUACCAGUGCGUGAGAAAAGGAAGUGGAUGAGGUUUCUCCGUUUGAUGGGACCUCCUAGUGAACGUGAAUAAGUCUGGGUCAACGACUGGACUGGAAGGACCUUUCGAGUUUCGCGACCGCAGCUUACCGGACUAACUACUUAUGGUCAGGUAUAGCAUUGAUAUGUUGCCCUGUGAUAAUGUAGUUCUAGAGGAUAUUAAAAUAUUGUUUCUGAAUAUUAUUUCAUUAAAAGGUAGCUCGGUCGACCAUGUAGUGAGAUUUUUGUAGGGGUCAAAGUAGGUAGGAAGUUUUGAAAUUUGAAAGUAGA